AUGCAGUUUGCCAGCCUGCCCUACCUCGCCGAGCAGGCGCCACGCACCCAGGCAGGGCCAUCGGCGAGCUUUAUGCGACCCGUACAAAACGUGCCGGCGCCUCUGCCGCAGAGCGCGUCGUUCCACGAGAUUCCUUCGGCUCCAGCCUACGGUUUGGAGCCGAGCGGGUGGAACGUGGACCGCAAUCCGUUCCGCCGCAAGCAGGACGAGCACGAGACACAGCUGGCGUAUGCGCUCGACACGCCGUCGGCACGGCCCAGGGGCUACCACGACGUUUACCCGUCCAACGCGUCGACCGACCUGUCUUACUCACAGUCCUCGCUGGACAUUUCACGCUCCCGACAGCCAUCCUCGAGCUCGAUCGCGCGCAGCUUUACCACCGACGAAGACUCGCGCCCGGCGAAUACACCGUCGCAGAAGCCGCUGUCGGCGGCCGCAAAUCGUGUCGCAGGGACCUUUUCACGACUGACACGCCUGCGCACGCGGCCAGUGGGACGGUCACAGCCGGCGCCGCACAGCGCCGAGCCGGAUCUGCCAUCGCGCGACGUGCACGAGCCGGCGCCAGCCUUGUACACACAGCGCCCAGAUGCCCAGAUGCGCCACGAGCAGCCGACGCCUGUGCCAAUGGCGCCACGCUCGGAAAACCCGUCGGGAUCGAGCCUCGAGGCACUGAGUCCAGAUACGCCGAGCGACGCGGCCUCUCUCUCGCGGCACACACGCGGCGCAAGUGGGCGCUCACAAGCCAGCAGCGGCGGCUCGCUUGUGCAGCGCGACGCUCCGCCACCGCCCCGCGCCAUGACACGCACGGCAUCCAAGCCGGAACUGCGCUCACAGCCGAUGGAUGCGCAGUUCCAGCGCCUCGAGCUGAUCGGGCGUGGCGCGUACGGUGCCGUGUACCGCGGCAGGCACAAUCCAUCGAAUACGCUCGUCGCACUCAAGGUGAUCGACAUGGACACGCCGGACGACGACGUGUCCGAGAUCCGCCGCGAAGUUGCAUUGCUGAGCCAGAUGCGCCAGGCGCAUCUCAAAAAUAUCGUGCGGUACUGGGACUGUUGGCUCUCGGGCCCGACGUUGUGUAUUGCGAUGGACUAUGCCGAAGGCGGCAGCGUCCGAACUUUGAUGAAAGCCGGCACGAUUCUCGAGCGCCACCUCGCUGUGAUUAUGCGCGAGACGCUCGUCGCCUUGGACUAUAUCCACAAGGCAGGCAUUAUUCAUCGCGACAUCAAAGCGGCGAAUAUCCUUGUGACGCGCACCGGGCAGCCGAUGCUGUGCGACUUUGGCGUCGCCGCUUCGUUCGUACAGGGCGGCACGCGGGGAAAGCGCAGCACGCUGAUCGGCACACCGUACUGGAUGGCGCCGGAAGUGAUCCUCGAGGGCAAGACGUACGACUACAAGGCCGACAUCUGGAGCUUGGGCAUCACCGCAUACGAGAUUGCGACUGGCAAUCCCCCGAUGGCCGAGCAGGAUCAGCACCGCGUGAUUGCCAUGAUUCCCAAGAACAAGCCGCCGCGCCUCCCGGACGGCGCCUACUCGCCGAUGCUGCGCGAGUUUGUGGCGGGGUGUCUCGACGAGGACCCCAGUGCACGCCUCGCCGCCGAGGACCUCGCACGUACCAAGUGGAUCCGCGCGUACGCCAAGACGCCGGUCUCGGUCCUGCGCGAACUCCUCGCGCAGUACGCAACCUGGACACAGGCCGGCGGUGUGCGCACGAGUCUCAUCCAAGGCAAGGAUGGGCCACUCGCAUUGCGCCUCGCAUCCGAAGACCCAUCUGUGGUGCCGAUCGAGCCGGAAUGGAAGUUUGGAUCGAUGGAUUCGGACGACGCUGCGCCGCUUGCGCUCGAGCAGGCGCUGCCGUCCGAGCCGGUGCACGACCAUCCUCUGCAGCGCAUGUUUGAGCGCGACGAUGCGCCAGCCGGCGAGCGCACGCCAAAGCCGCCAGUGUCUGGCACGAGCACGCCGCGCCCAGGCGCACUCGCGCAGGCAACCACGCAGGCAGCCACGCCUGCGCCUGCGCCUCCCGCUACUCCCGCUGCCGCGACGCCGAACCGUGCCGAGCGGCCGGCCGGCGGCGGCUUUGCAGGCCUCGGCUCGACGCCGUUCCGCUUCGGUGUCGGGAGCCGUGCGCAAGCGACGCCUGUCGCCAAAGACGCGCCGCCUGCUGAUGCUGCGUCCGAAGGCUCGCCACGCGACACGCUCGGCGCGCCUGCGCCAUCGCUCGUGACGCACAGCACUUCGCUUGCGGCGAUCGGCGAGGCAACGCAGGACGAGGCUCCCUCGCCCCCCGGCACGUCGCCGAACGGCGCGAGCGACGGCAUGGCGCCGAGCCUCUCCCAGUCCACGACCUCGCCCGAGCUCGAUGCCGACGAGAUUGACUCGCCGCGGCAGUCGCCAGCGCUGCGGCGCGUCGGCCGCAUGCCCCAGAGCAUGCCCCGCUCAGCGUCGCAGCGCCCGCUGCGCCUCGUGUCUUCCUCGUCGUCCCUGGGCUGGGAGACACAGUCCAAGACGCGCGACGAUGCGCGGCGGACCGAGGCGACCAAAGCGCCCGACGCCCCCUCGUUCCUUGGCGAGCCCUACUCUGGCUUCCGCCCCCAAGGCAUCAUGAGCCGCACGCGGAGCCGCAGCGGCGGUGCGGCCGAUCUGCGGUCGCGCCCCGCCGCGUCGCACCAUGCGUCGCAGUCGUUCACCGGCCGCACGCGUCUCGCCCCCCUGCAGAUCUUGUCGCGGGCCUCGGACGCCCCCCCCAAGUCGUCUGUGUCUAUGGAUGGCACGCUACCGACCUCCUCCCUCUCCUUCCUCCCCAAAGACGAGCUGGGCACCGACAAGGCGCACCGGCGCAAGCAGCACGGCGGUUCCGACCCCACGCUGCUCAAGACGCCGCUCCUGUCGCUCCCCAAGCCCGGUGUGCGUGGCCACGCGCGCGAAGCGUCGGAGCCUGUCGCAGUCAGCGAAGUCCCCCAGCGCCUCGCGCCGCUCCCCCCGCGCACGGCGCCGCAGACGCCCGAUUCAAAAAGCACGCCCGAUCCACCGAAAGACGUCUUCCAAACGUCGCCCGCGCCGCCCGCGCCGCCCGCGCACGCGCCGUUUGAGGGCCCUGCGCUGCGGCCGCUGGACCUGGCGAACCUGAUGAACCGCCAAGAGCUCCAUACGGAGCUUACGCAGACCGUCAACGACCUCGGUGCGUGGCUCGACGCUUUGGCGCUCGGCCUCUCCACCGUGCUGGCUCCCUCGCCACUGUACCAUAAAUCACCACGUGGCACAUAG